CUGAGUCGGCGACAAGGACGACGUAGAAGGUGUACCUGUUUCGUUCUCAAACGUGCCCUUCUCUUGUCUCUUCUUCUACUCCUCCUCCUCCUCUCCUCUAUCUGUCUCUUUUCGGGUGUCCCGCAACUCGUCUCGCUCUCUCGAAAGCCUUUUCCCUAAGUUCUUCUUUUGUCGGUUAUUCUUUGACUACGAAGCUCAGUGAUUAUUUAUAUUUCUUCGCGAGGAAGACAUCCGAUAAACAGACCAGAGAUAAGACAGUUCCAAGGGUGAUGGUGAGCCUUGGCAACUUUCGAAAAUACGAUCUGGACGACAUUCAGGAGAUUUAUAUUGAGCGAGUUAUUGGAUGUCAUAGUCUAACUACCUCCCUCUAAGCAACGUAUCCCCCUACCCCACUACCCAUCCCCCAACCCCUUUCCCUUUUAAACUUUCCAGCAUCCCCCUGCAGUAACCCUCAAACCAUAGACGACGGUGGGAACACCUUCGUUAGCCCUGAGGUCUCAGGGUAGCUUGAAAACCCUUCCGUCCCCGACAACCCUGAAUCCCCAGAAACCAGCCCUGAAACCCUUCAACCAAUCAUGGCUCCGGGAUCUGAACUUUCCUUGAGGUCAUGGUCGUGGAUAAGGAUUCUCCUUUUCAUGUUAACUUCCGUCGGUCUCUCCCAAGCGCAACUGGACAACGAGGACUCUCUUCUAGGAGUUUACAUGGAGUCCGGAAUGGUGCAAGGUCUGCGACCGGAGGCGAUGGACAUCAUGAAGACAGCCGUGAAAACGGCUUCGACGGCCAUGAAACGCGGCUCCCUUGGCGUCGUGUUCUUAGAGUCUAUGAACGACACCAUGCCAGAGAAUAUGUCAGCGGUCAUGACGUUGGCAAACUGCGACAAAACCCACGCCUUUGCCCCAAUGCUCGCGCAGAUGGGAAAACUCCACAUCGCCAUUACAGAUGCUGGAUGCCGGAGACUGAGGUACUCGACCGCGCUCUCCGUGCCUUUGGUCAGCGGUUCCAGGGACAUCGUACAGCUCUUCACAGACCUUCGCAUGAUGAACACGCUUACCUGGAACGACAUCACCAUCAUCCAUGAUGACUCAGUCUCAAAGGUCGAAAUAGGAGAUGUGGUGAGCAUCCUCACAGCCCCUACAGACAUGUCGAGGGAAACCGCCAUCACCCUGGUGGACUUGACAACCCCCGAGACUUCUUCCAUGAAGUGAAUUGGGAAGCUGUUCUCCUCUUUGGGACCGAUGCCAGGGGAGCCCACGCGACAGUUCAUGGUGAUCGCUUCAAAGGAUGAGAUUAUUAAAGUACAAGAUCUGGCGAGGUCGCUAGGUCUCUUCGGCUCGAAAAACCAGUGGCUCUUCGUGGUGCCGGACACGAACUCCCUUGCCUUCGCCAUGGAGACCUAUUUAGCCAACAUGGUCGAUGGAGAUAACUUGGCUUUCAUCUACAAUAUGUCUGAAGUGACACCAGCUACCCCAUGCAACAACGGAUUUCAGUGUUACAUGAAGCUCCUUGUGAACCAAUAUGGCACUGAACUUUCUGCCGCUCUGCAGAAGGAGCUCGACCUUUACUUCCAGGUUUCUGAAGAAGAGUGGGAAGAAGUAAAGCCCUCGCCCUCGCAGAGAGCAAGUACUAUAGUGAAGAUGAUGAAAAAAAGUCAGAUGACGUCCACAGAGUGUUCCAAAUGCACGGAAUGGGGCAUCCAGGCGGCGGAGGUGAAAGAUUCCCUCAGGAUCGAACUCCUGAAUGUGGCAGAAUGGAAGCCUCUCACCGGCCUGACCCUCCAUGAUGACCUCUUCCCUCACGUGACCGGCGGCUUCAGAGGCCGCAUCAUUCCCGUGGCAUCCCUUGAUUAUCCUCCAUGGCAGAUCUUUUUGAAAGACUCCACGGGACGUGUCGUAGGGUACACAGGCCUCAUGUUUGAAGUCCUGAACGAAUUGGGAAUGAAACUCAACUUCUCAUACGUUGUCCGAACUCCGCCAGACGGGCAGUGGGGCGUCGAAAACAAUGGCAGAUGGAAUGGGAUGAUAAAGAUGAUACAUGAUCAGGAAGUCAUCCUCGGCGUAGCUGCCUUCAGCGUCUCCGCUCAGAGGAUGAAGGCCGUGAACUUCACUAGCAGCAUCGACCGUCAGCCUUACACCUUCAUGAUCGCCCGCCCCAAGGAACUGUCCCGUGUCAUGCUCUUCAUGGAGCCCUUCACGAGUGAUACUUGGAUCCUAAUUGCAAUCAGCGUGUUUAUCAUGGGACCUAUACUCUACCUGAUCAACAGAGCUUCGCCUUACUACACGUACUACGGUCUCAACAACGGGAAAGGCCUUUUCGACCUCCAGAAUUGUUCCUGGUAUAUCUACUCCUCCAUUCUACAACAAGGUGGCGCCCAAAUGCCGGAGAGUCACUCGGGUCGAAUCCUCUUGGGCUUCUGGUGGAUCUACGUGCUCAUCGUGGUGACGACGUACUCCGGUAACCUCGUCGCCUUCUUGACUUUCCCCAAGAUCGGGAAUGCCGUCAGCACCCUGGACGAUCUGCUCCACGCCAAGGACGAGAUAACCUGGGGUUACAUCAAGGGAACUGUGCUGGAGACUUAUUUCUCUGAAGCCGAAGGAAAAUUCGCCGAGAUCGGAAAACUUGCGGAGAAGGAGGAUGUGUCCAACAAGGAGGUCCUCUACGACCGCGUCAGAACCAGUCCUCACGCCUACCUGGAGUGGAAAACGAAUCUCCUCUUCAUCAUGAAGGACGAAUUUAAGAAGACAGACUCUUGCGACUAUUCUCUUGGACGUGAGGAAUUCUACUAUGAGAACGUUGCUUUGGCUGUUCCCAGAAACAGUCCUUUCAUUGACAUGUUCAAUGCAGAGAUCAAGAAGAUGCAGACGGGAGGCUUAAUCCAAAAAUGGCAGAAGGACUUCUGGCCGAAGAAGGACAAGUGCUCCCAGACGGCCUACGGAGGAGAAGACGCCACUCGAACAGUAUCGCUCGCUGACAUGCAGGGGUCCUUCUUCUUGCUCUUCCUUGGAUUCUGCAUCGCAGCCGUGUUCAUCUUCGCCGAGUGCAUUUACAAAUGCGCUACGAAAAGCAGCCGAUCAGGUUCGCCAGCCAGCCAAAGCUCGAUGGUCAAGCCGUUUAUGGCUUAAAGACCUCGAGAUGCUGCCUAACUUGGUCUCUUUCAGUCCUCCUUUCAGUCGCUCUCAUUCUCGAACGUCGCCGGGUCUUCCUGCUAGUGCAGCAGCAGCAGCACCAGGAGGCAGCGGCCAUCCUCGAGGCUCGCUUGUCCUCUCACUGCAAGACAACCCGGGACGGGCGCACUAUUCUAUCGUCAUUUCCCCUCCCACUCCUCCCGAGUCUCCCACUGCUCUGUCGCCUAGCAAAUCAGUGACUUCUUCUGUUUUAUCGUAGGCUUGCUGAGCCCGCUUCGAUGAUUUCUAUUCCUUGCUUACAAGUCAAUACAAACAUUCCUUCGCUUAUCUUACACGCUGGCCACCAAUGCAUGUAGCUCCCUUUAAGAUAACAACCAGCCUUGGUCUUAUGCCCGAGGAUUAGAAUGGUCUAAGUACCUUAUCGAGUCUCUUCAUUUGCAAUUUUUUUUUUCUCUCUCUCUCUCUUUUUUGUCACUUCUUUUGCGUCUGAUCAAUGUCGCCGAGCAAUGGAAUGAGUUUUUGAAGAAUUAUAGUUUGUAUUGCACAUUCACUUUUAUGUAUUAUUUUCAUCAUUUUCAUUUUCUUUCAAGAUAAUCUAUUACCUGUUUAAAUGUUAAUGUAAGAAAAAGUUGCUAUGUGUAUUUUCUGUUAAAUAUAUAACCAGGAACAUUUUCUGGAAUGAACUUCCUCUCCUAGUUUCCUAAAUGCCAAUGUAAAACCGAUAAACAUACCUGAACUGUUACGUUUGCAGAAAGAUAUAAGAUUACGUUGACUAAACCUUACUGAUAAAAUACACACGUAGAGCCACUCACAUUUUAGUUGCCUGUGCAAAGUAAUUAGAUUUGAAAUGAACAUUGGUAACCUGAACAACCUUUUCCUUCGGAAGUGAUGUUCAUCCCUCAACCUUGUUUCCUUUCACAGUGACCAUCACAGUCCUUGACGUGGACAAAGGGCAUCAUCAUUCAAAGACGAACAUGUACAACAACAACCUUCACAAGCAAUCACCUCGUUUCCUCCAACAACCAUUAUUUUUGGUCUGAU